AUGAACAAAAUAUCAGAAUUUGAAAUAAAGACAAGAUCAGUGGGCCGGGACGAAGUUGUGGCAAGGCCAGGAGACAAAAUGUCAUCCCAUUUUUUGCCGCUAUCACUGACUCCUGAAGAGAAAGUAAAAGAUGAGACGGUCAAAAAGGACAGACCAUAUAAGAUCUUUUUCAGAGAUCUCUUUCUUUUCAAAGAAAAUGAAAUGGCAGCAAAGAAAAAGGAAAAGUUUAUGAACCGCAACAUGAAAAUCUACCAAAAGUCUACUUUUUCGUCCCGAAUGAAGAAUCGUUCACAUCUGGGCCAAAUAGCAAUCUUUGCUGACACAGGUGGUACCUCAGCUGAAAAAUUGGGGCUAGAUCCCACUCUUAUUCUCAGAUUAACAGAAGGUGCAGACACAAAAAGGACUAUCCAUGAAUUUAUUAAUGACCAGAGAGAGAGGUUUAUGCUCGAGUAUGCUCUGUCAACCAAAAGAAACACAAUUCAAAAGUUUGAAAAACACACAACAAUGAAGGAAAGGCAACUCAUGAAAGCAGAAAAAAAGCUCGAAGAAGACGCAAUGGCCUUUGAAGAGUUCCUUCGAGAAAACGACCAGAGAUCUGUAGAUGCUCUUAAAAUUGCAGCGCAAGAAACUAUAAACAAACUCCAAAUGACAGCGGAGCUCAAGAAGGCGAGUAUGGAGAUACAGUCGGUGAAAAGUGAAAUAGCAAAAACAGAAUUCCUUCUUAGAGAGUACAUGAAAUACGGAUUUUUUCUGCUGAAAUUAUCUCCAAAACAAUGGCAAAUCCAGCAAGCAAUGAAAAGGAUGUCAAAGAGCAAAGAAAAUGUGAAUGUCGUGCUUCCAAGUGUAAUAACAAAGUUGGCAUUAAGUGCAAGGAGAAGAGAGGGAAACAUGGAGGAGUCCAGGAGGACAUCAUUUUCCGAAGACUCCUCUCUGGGAAGGGGUAGCCAAGGUAACACUGGAGUUUUGGUGCUUCACUCACAAAAGCAAAGCCAGAGAAGCCGACCUGAAAGCAUCAGCUCAGAAGGCAGUUUGGAAUUCUUUUUAGAUGAUGAUAUGGACUAUGAUCUGGAGCCAGAACUUUAUUUCAAAGAACCCGAAGAGUUACUUCAAGUCCUUACAGAGCUGGAAGAGCAGAAUCUUACUUUGGUACAAUAUUCCCAAGAUGUAGAUGAAAAUCUUGAAGAUGUAAAUAAAAGAGAAAAACUUAUACAGGAUAAAAUAAAUACCAACAUAGAGUUUCUUUUGGAACACAAGGAAAUGCUUAAGACUAACUGUGUAAGAGAAGAAGAAAAAGCAGCAGAACUGGAAUUAAGAUCCAGGCUAUUUAGUUUUGGAGAAUUUAAUUCAGAUGCUCAGGAAAAACUGAUAGAAUCUCUUAGUAAAAAAAUUAAUCAAGUAUACAAAGUCUGCAUUGGAGAUGCUGAGGUUGGCAGCCUCAACCCAGUUCAAAAGCUGGUAAAAGUAGAGUCUCGCCUGGUGGAAUUGAGUGACCUCAUUGAAUCCGUUCCCAAAGAAAAUGUGGAGGCAAUUGAGAGGAUGAAACAGAAAGAACGACGGCAAAAGCUGCGUGAAGAGAAAAUGAGAGAAAAACAAAAACACCAGGAGGAAAGGCUAAAAGCUGCUCUGGAAAGAGCAGUAGCACAACCAAAGAAAAAGCAGAUGGGAAGACGACUUAUCUACCGCUCAAAACCUCCAUCUGGUAACAAACAUGAACUACUUUUAGUCAAGGAUACAAGAACAAAAUCACUGGAGGAAGAAUAUUUUUUCACUUGA